AGACUUGGGCAACACCCCCGUUUCUGACUCCCAUUUGCCAUGGGAGACGCUCCUGCAGAGGUUGUGAUGUCUGCCAGACAGCCCAGCGUGAACAAGAUAAUUGUGUAUGACAAGGCCAAUUUUCAGGGUCUCAGCAAAGAGUUCACCUGCGACAUCCCUGACCUUCACAACCUGGAUUUUGGCGAUUGCAUCUCCUCCCUGAAGGUGAUUGGGCAGCCUUGGGUCGCCUACAAAGCCUCCAAGUUUGAGGGCGAUGGCUUUGCUUUUGAGGAAGGGGAUUACGCAGAGAUCGAUAUGAACAACAAAAUCUCCUCCCUCCGGCUGGUCCACUACGAUCUCUCCGACCCCCAGAUCACCCUCUACGAACUCCCCAACUAUGAGGGACAGAAGAAAGUGGUGAAGGAAGAAACCAACCUCACCUACGGCUACUUCAACGACCGGGUCUCUUCCCACGUGGUGCAGAGCGGCGCCUGGCUCCUGUAUAAGCACCCAAACCGUGGCGGGUGGUACCACAUCGCCUGGCCCGGGGAGCGUGUCCACGACUACAAAACAGAGCUCGACUUUGACGACAGCUUGUCCCACUUGCGCCCCCUGCAGGCCGGCCGCCCCAUCGUCACUGCCAAACUCCUGUGGGACCAGAAGAAAGUGGAGGACGAGAAGGACGUUCUGAUCGAUGAGAUUGUGGGAACCAAUUGCACUGAGUACGAACAAGCGUUCACCGCCAACACUUGCCGGGAGUACAACGCCACCGUCAUCCAGAGCUUCCACUUCAGCAACACCACGUCCCUGAAGCUCGGCUUCUCCUUCCAGGUCACCGUGGGAGGUGCCAACGUCUUGGCGGUGGAGAAAGGGAAGCACGAGUCGACCACCACCAGCGAGAAGGUGGAGGUUAUGCUGCCUGCCAAGAUCCCUCCUUGCACCCAGCUCACGAUCCACGUGGUCAAGAAGGAGACCACCACCUCGGUGCCAGUGGAGCUGACCAUCUGCCAGAAUGGGAAGGAAAGGAAAGAGCAUGCAGAGUACCGGUGUGUGUCUGGCCGCACCAUCAGCACCAGGUACACCAUGAAGCCUGCCUCAGCAGCGCAGGGUGACGCCUUCACCAAACCUUCUCGUGUGGAAACAAGGGAGCGUUCCCAGGCCCAGCCUGAACCAGGAACAUCUGGGGAGAGAUCCUAAACCUCUGCCUGAAUGAGCUUUUUUGGUGUUGCCUGAGGACCUCUGUGGGGUGGCCACUCCCAUAUCAUACUUGUGGGUGAAGGGAAAAGUCUUAUUUCAAGGGUGUGGGACCUGUGGCCUCCAGGUGUGGCUGGACUCCCAACCUUUCAUCCUCCUCAGCUGGCAAAACCAGCAGGCAGGGGAUGAUGGGAGUUGUAGACCUGCAACGUCUGGGGGGCCACAGGUUCUGCGUCCCUGCUAGGCUGUUAUCGCUGGGCACGGUGAUGGUUUCUGGGUUUGUAGGGUUGGUUUAGAGAAGGGCUGGAGAUAGCACUGCAUGGGAGUAAGCUACUGUGGUAGUUCAGAGGGCAACUUCCACGUUGAAAAACACAUGAGGUUGACUAACAAAAUGUAAAUAAACGAAUAAACGAAUAAUGACUCAAGUCUUCUCUCAAGGAUGUUCCAGCAGACAAUAACAAAGCCAAGAAUGAGUCUACUGACUGCCUCUCCACAGUAUAUUUAUGCUUAUCUGGCAGGAGAUGGUCAGGGAAUGGUCCACCUUGGAGGAAGAUUACUUGAGGCGUCUCUUUAAUCCUGGGCUUUCCAGUACCAGUCCUAGAGUAGCAGCAGUAGAAUAGCAGCAAGGCUAUCUAGGUCAAAGGUGGCAGGACCAAGAAGAAGGGGCAUAGCUCAGGAGACAGAGCCCGUGCUUUGGAUGCAGACGGUCCCAGGUUCAAUUCCUGGCAUUGCCAGACAACAGGGCUGGGCAAGGAUUUCGGCUGAAGCUCUGGAGGGCUAUUGCCAGUCAUUGUAGGGGUAAUACUGGGCUAGAUGGAGUGAUGACUCAGGAUAAAGCAAUUUCCAAUGACUUUACCUACCCAAAGAAAUGGACUACA